UUGCUUCGACCAUAAAAAACGUUUUAGAGCUUCACAGACGUAAAUUCUCCAGCAUUUACUUUUUUGCAUAAGAAGAUUAUUUCUAUCAUUUAUUACAUUCUAAGUAGACCCAAUGAGCUUAUUAGGAAACUUUUGAAAUUCCUGAGAAAUUGCUUCUAAUGAUGCCAGUCUUUUUUUUAUGGAUAUUGUUAUGAUGCCUAUUUAAUUUUAAAAUCCCAUAAAGUUCAACUCUAUAAUGCAUCACAUCAAAAAUACGCUUCUCAAUUUUAUAAUCUUAAAAUUAUGAAAAAAUUAAAUUUUUAAACUAUUUUUUUAUAGCAGUUGCUGUUGUUUUUGCUAAAAAAUAAAAUUGAUAAUUUAAAUUAAAUUACAAAUACCUAAAAACAAUUUUGAAAUAUUAAUUCGAAAUGAUUUCCCUACUUAAAAAAAUAUUAUCCAAUUGAUCAAGAAAACAAAAGAAUUUUACCACGUUUUAAAACAGAACCUUAAAUUAAAUUAAAUAUUUUCAAUAUUUCAAAAUGUCAAUUUCGAUAUAAAUAUACUUUACAAGAAAGAAAAUACAAAUAAAAAAAAUGGAAAACUUAAAAAAACUUUCGAACUUUGCAAUAUACAGAUUAAAAAUAUCCAUAAAUUGUAAAAAAUGCACCCACGACAUUUAAAAUCCAGAUAAUAUUGUUUCCAUAUUGAAAAAGAAAAUGGACAAUUCAAAACGUCCAACAAAAUCAAAAAGUCGAAAAUUGCCUCGUCCAAGUGAUUUAAAACCAUCCCUAAAUGAUUUCUUACCUGGUUUAAAAAAUAUUUCACUAAAUUCCAAUUUUCCUGUUCUCAUUCCCAUUCCUCCAAAAGAUGCAAAAGCUCUUGGUCUUAAAAUUCCUGAAGCAAGUUCUUCAUUAAAAAAAAACUUUUCGAACUCGUCUUCAAAAAGUAAUACCUCUAAGGAAAGUUGUUGUAGUAGUUCAAAAGAAGAUCCCAAGACCUUAAUUGGUAAAAAUAACUUGAAAGAGUUAGAGAAUUUUAAAGAUUCAAAGAAUGCAAAAGAUUUGGCGAAAAAGACACACAAGACAAUUGCGAAAAAUCCUAAAAGUCUUGAGGACACUGGGAAGCGUAGCUUGAAGAAUUUGUCAAGUAAAAAUACUCACAGUAUCCAUUUAUCGACAAAUAAAAAUAUUACUACCGGAAUUGUUAGAAAUAAUGGUGGAAACAUUGCCAUUGGAAAAUUAAAACAUGCAAUGCCACAAGGUGUUAAUGAAUCUGAUACUUCCGAUAGACAUUCCAAGGAACCAAAUUCCAAUUCCAUGAGGCAACUUUAUAGCAUUUCCGAUUCAUGGAGUAGUGAUUCUGUGACAAGUCAAUCUGAUAGUUGCAUCUGUUGUCAAGCUUCUAAUCUUUGCCCCAUUCACGGCAGUUUAUAACUUUUUGCUUUAUUUUUAAUUUAAUUGGAUCAAUUGUCAAACUUGUAAAAAAAAUAAUUUCUUCAAAAGGAAUUAAUAAAAUGAUUCAUUAUGUAUUAUUCGAUGUAUCGAAUAAAAUAUUGAGGAAACCCCAAAGAACAUAUUUUUAUUAUUUAAA